AUGAGGAGAAGCAACAACAAUAAGUUCUCAAAGGAAAAUAUUGAGAUGUUUUACGACAUUUAUUUCACAAAAGAAAAAUAUUUGUUGGCUUAUGGCGAUAUCGUACAUCCAAUUCUUGAUCAUAAGAUGUGGGCUCCAACUGUAGAAACUCUCCAAUCAUCACCUUUAUGCAAGAUACGUGGAAGGCCUCGAAACAAUCGAAGAAGACUUGCAGAUGAACCAAUAGCUGGCAGAAGUGAAAUGAGAAGGUCAUAG